UUCAAUGAAUUCAAUGUUUUGUUUUGUCUCAUGUCUCUGAUGUUUUUCAUUAGCAAUUCUGCGUGAACUUAUUAUCUGCUAGUUUUAAACCAGUGCUAACUUAUGCUGUCUUCGUGGUCCCUAGAUCUUUCCUUAUCUUGUAAAAGAAACCCUGAGCCCAUCUCAUUUGAAUGCAAGUAAUGCAACAAUUUAAUACUGCUACCACUGCAUUUGAUCCAUUAGUCAAUUACGGCUGAGUCAUAAUUCUUGUCACCGUGAACUAUGAGAAUACAUUCUGCAAUUAUUUUACCCUUCGUUUAUUUCUUCAGUGCACCCUCUUUUGAGGCAACCCAUGAAACUGGUGCAGUUGAGCCUGCUGAUGGAGCUAAAAACAAAGAAUACCCGAAAAGUCUUGAAGAAGAAUCCCUGUCAAAUGUUGCCUCUGUCAGCAAAUUUAUCAAAGAAUUCCAUAAAAAAUUUGAGGAUGAACUAGUGCCGGACUUGGACUCUUCGAAAGAUGACUUGAAUGAUGAGUAUUCUCCCAAAGCGCAACCCAAGAUUUCAUCAAGCACAAGCAACUUGACAAACUCUACUUGGAAUGUAAACUGCAUAGUCAGCCCUGAUAGUCCUUCCAGCUCUGUUGAGCUGAUCAAUUCAACUCGUUUGCAUAAUCUUCUAGCAGUGGAUGCAAACGUCACCAGUAGGACAGCUCCAGCUGAAUGUAUAGUCAUUUUGUUCUACGCUAAAACAUGCCCCUUCAGCGCGAUGGCAGGCCCCCACUUUAAUGCCUUACCUCGUGCCUUUCCAACAAUAAAAAUGGCUGCGUUGAAUGCUUUAAAACACCAAAGUCAUAACACACAAUUCGGUAUUUUAAGUAUUCCAACUCUACUUCUGUUCCACAAUGGAAGACCAGUUGCAAAAUUCAAUGAAAGCGAAUUCACCCUAGACAGUUUUGCCAAAUUCAUCCAUAGAAUGACAGGAAUUCUGCCAAAAGAAAAAAUGUUCGUUUCGUCUGCUGAUUUUGGUGGACCAGUACCUAGUAUGCCCGAUAAGGAAGUAGACCAUUUUCUCAUAGCUGCUUGGAUCAUCAUAAUUAUUGCUGCUGGACUUGGUUUCCAGAAAUCGAGAUGGUGGCAAACUUUAGUAGAAGCGUGCAAAAAUUCAUGGAGGGAGGCUGAAAUUCAGCAUGAACACAAUGAAUAAGUGCAGUUUCUACACCACUGCUGUCAUCGCAACGUUGAAAGGAACACUGACCCUCUAAUGGAAGAUUUCUGUGAUAGUAGUUUUUAUGACAUAAGCAAGACUUGUUGAAGAUAAUUCGAAAAUAGAAAUCAACAUUUGUUUUCAAUUUUGUAAAUAUGUAGAUAUUCUUUGUUACUGUUGUCUGUCAAUAAAAUUCUUUUUAUAUAAC